AUGUCUUUAACCCAAAACCUCACCCUUUCACUCUCUUCUUCUUCCUCUACUUUCUUAGCUCCAACCAAUUUCAACUCCAGGAGUAGUCAGGUAUCUUUGCAGUCUAAGAGCCCCAGCAUUUGUAAAUGCAUCGCUACACCCCAAGAAGUUGAGACUGCCUACAAGACAAGGGUCUCUCGCAAUGAAAACAUGGGUAAACUUCAAGCUGGUUAUCUCUUUCCCGAGAUUGGUAGAAGAAAGUCUGCACACUUGCUGAAGUACCCCGAUGCAAAAAUAAUAAGCCUUGGGAUUGGUGAUACUACUGAACCCAUUCCUGAAAUCAUAAGUUCUGCAUUGGCAAAGAAAUCACUUGCAUUGUCAACAUUGGAAGGAUAUAGUGGUUAUGGAGCUGAACAGGGUGAAAAGCCACUAAGAAGUGCAAUUGCUUCAACAUUUUACCCUGAUCUUGGCAUAGAAGAUGAUGAUAUAUUUGUCUCAGAUGGAGCAAAGUGUGAUAUAUCUCGUCUCCAGAUUGUCUUUGGUUCAAAUGUGAAAAUAGCCGUGCAGGACCCAUCAUACCCGGCCUAUGUAGACUCGAGUGUAAUUAUGGGUCAGACUGGUUUGUUCCAGAAGGAUGUUCAGAAGUUUGCGAACAUUGAAUAUAUGAGGUGUAAUCCGGAAAACGGUUUCUUCCCUGAUUUAUCUUCUCUUUCUCGACCGGAUAUAAUAUUUUUCUGUUCUCCAAACAAUCCUACUGGUGCUGCAGCAACGAGGGAACAACUGGUCCAACUAGUUCAGUAUGCUAAGGACAAUGGAUCUAUUAUAAUACAUGAUUCAGCAUAUGCUAUGUAUAUGACUGGUGACAACCCACGCACCAUCUUUGAAAUUCCUGGAGCCAAAGAGGUUGCCAUUGAAACUUCAUCAUUUAGCAAGUAUGCUGGAUUCACAGGUGUCCGAUUGGGUUGGACUGUGGUUCCAAAAGAAUUACUGUUUUCUGAUGGAUUUCCUGUUGCCAAGGACUUCAACCGUAUCGUAUGUACUUGUUUCAAUGGUGCAUCAAAUAUUUCUCAGGCUGGUGGUCUUGCAUGCCUUUCACCAGAUGGUCUUAAGGCUAUGCGCGGUGUAAUUGGAUACUACAAAGAAAAUACCAACAUAAUAAUGGAGACAUUUGAUUCUCUUGGGUUUAAAGUGUAUGGAGGGAAAAAUGCACCGUAUGUGUGGGUCCACUUCCCAGGCCAAAGUUCAUGGGAUGUGUUCAGUGAGAUUCUCGAGAAGACUCAUGUGGUUACAACUCCCGGGAGUGGUUUUGGACCUGGCGGUGAAGGUUUUGUCAGGGUCAGUGCUUUUGGUCACAGGGAAAAUGUCUUGGAGGCCUGCAGAAGAUUCAAGCAGCUAUACAAGUGA